UUACCUGUGCGCGCCUCUUCCAAUGGCAGCGCACCUGCCGGGCCGCGCCGCCCAAUCAGCUGGCGGCUCGUCCCUCUGCCCCGCUCCUUUAGUGAAAGAAUCCAGCGCCGCUCGGGAAAGUUACCUGUGCGCGCCCGGCCCGGCCGCUCUCUGCGCCGCGCCGUGCCGUGCCGUGCCUCGCCGGCGCCCCAGCCCCAGCCCUGCCGCUCCCCACAUGCGAGGGGGAGGGGGCUCUACCUGUUCUACCUCGGCGCCUGGCUGCGGAGCCGGGAGAGGGGGGGAAGGAAAGCAGAAUUACCAGUAGCUCUGGUUCUGCCGUCCCGGGCGUUCACACACACCUUCACCUGCACAGACCUGAAAGUCCAGUUCCGCCAGGGAGACGGAGGCACCGGGAAAAGGGGAGAGAGUUCAUUGGAUCAAACAUGUCACAAGAGACGGACAAUAACAAGCGACUUGUGGCCUUAGUGCCAAAUGACACUUCAUUCAACACCAGACGAGCCUACACCAGCGAAGAUGAAGCCUGGAAGUCGUAUUUGGAGAAUCCCCUAACAGCAGCUACCAAGGCUAUGAUGAGCAUAAAUGGUGAUGAGGACAGUGCUGCUGCUCUUGGCCUAUUGUAUGACUAUUAUAAAGUUCCCAGAGAUAAAAGGCUGUUGUCUGUUAACAAAGUGAGUGAUAAUCAAGAAGACCAAGAUAAAAGAAAUUGUCUUAAUACCACGGAAGCUCAGAGUAAUUUAAGUGGGGGAGAGAACCGCGUGCAAGUCCUGAAGACGGUGCCGGUUAACCUUUCCUUGAACCAAGACCCUUUGGAGUCGUCCAAAAGGGAGUACAACACAAAUGUGUCUGGGAGCUCAACGCCCAUCACGGGGACUGGAGUGACUGUGGUUAAAGCAGAGGAGUUCACCCCUGUUUUUAUGACCCCACAAGCACACUAUGCAAGAGGAGAAAAUGAGGAGCACCGAGGGGUUAUCUUUGAGCCAUACGAAGUGUCCAACAUUGCUCCCCACACAAAUUAUCUCAAAGAUGACCAGCGCAGUACUCCUGACAGUACAUACAGCGACACCUUCAAAGACGGAGGAACAGAAAAGUAUCGCAGUGUGUCAGUGGGGGCUGAAGAAUAUAUUUACGAACAAACAAGCAGCACUUUUCAGUAUACGCUAGAAGCUACCAAAUCUCUGCGUCAAAAGCAAGGGGAGGGGCCCAUGACCUACUUGAACAAAGGACAGUUCUAUGCCAUCACCCUGAGCGAGACGGGUGACAACAAAUGUUUCCGGCAUCCCAUCAGCAAAGUCCGGAGCGUGGUCAUGGUUGUUUUCAGUGAGGAUAAAAACAGAGACGAACAGCUGAAAUACUGGAAAUACUGGCAUUCUCGGCAACACACAGCUAAACAGAGGGUCCUUGACAUUGCUGAUUACAAGGAGAGUUUUAAUACCAUUGGGAAUAUUGAAGAAAUCGCGUUCAAUGCCGUGUCCUUUACUUGGGAUGUCAAUGAGGAGGCAAAGAUUUUCAUCACAGUGAAUUGCUUGAGCACAGACUUCUCCUCACAAAAAGGAGUGAAAGGGCUUCCUUUGAUGAUUCAGAUUGAUACCUACAGCUACAACAACCGCAGCAACAAACCCAUCCACCGAGCCUACUGCCAGAUCAAGGUUUUUUGUGACAAGGGAGCAGAAAGGAAAAUCCGAGAUGAAGAGAGGAAGCAGAACAGAAAGAAAGGCAAAGGCCAGGCAUCCCAAGCCUCGUGUAAUAACUCAGCCGAAGGGAAGUUAAGUGCACUCCCCCUGCAAAAAAAGAGCGAUAUCACCUUCUUCAAAACAAUGGCUGACCUGGAUUCCCAGCCGGUUCUCUUCAUACCGGAUGUUCACUUUGGAAACUUACAAAGGACUGGACAGGUUUACUAUAAUACAGAUGAUGAGAGAGAAGGUAGCAGUGUCCUGGUCAAAAGGAUGUUCCGGCCUGUGGAGGAGGAGUUUGGUCCGUCUCCUUUGAAACAAAUGAAAGAAGAAGGCCUAAAAAGAGUGCUUUUGUAUGUGAGGAAGGAGACAGAUGAGGUGUUUGAUGCUUUGAUGCUGAAAUCACCCACAGUAAAGGGGUUGAUGGAAGCGAUCUCUGAGAAAUAUGGGCUUCCAGUUGAAAAGAUUGCAAAACUUUAUAAAAAGAGCAAAAAGGGUAUCCUGGUAAACAUGGAUGACAACAUUAUUGAGCACUACUCCAAUGAGGACACAUUCAUCCUGCACAUGGAGAGCAUGGUCGAAGGCUUCAAGAUCACACUGACAGAGAUCUAGCCUCAGACAGAGCCUUUUUGUAAGGAACCACAGCAUUUCAUCCUGCUUGGAAAGCAGAGGAUUCCCCGGGAACUUGACAGACAUUGAUCAGAGAAACUGUUACAAGACUGCUUUGAGAAUACUGUCCAUUCUGCACAUGUGCACCCACUGCAUAUAGACUUGGGUUUGUCAAGCACAAGGCCACCGAUGUUAACCUGGUCCCUUAUUUAUUGUUCCCCACUCUCUACUGUACAAGCAGUUACCAGCCCCCAGAUUUGUAACCAGAUGUCCCACUGCAAAUGUGAAAUGCAGCAUUUUAAUCCAUACUUCAGUGUGGAUAAGCUCAUUCUAAAACAAGUUAUGGAACCAUGCUGGUCUAGUUUCAGAAAUCUGGUGUAAAUCACUUUACCGGUAGUUCUCUGUCAUUGCUAAAAAAUUGGUGCAGUGCUAAAGAUGGGGAAAGUGGCUGACAGUUCACCUGCUCAGACGGAUCCAUAUCUCUCUAUAGUGUAUAGUCUUGCCAAAUACCUCUGGUAGUUCUCAGCAUGUAGCAAUGAGGACUUGUAAGUAAGGCAUUCAGCUACAAAUGUCACUUGUAAGUAAAUGGUAAAGAAACCAUUUUAACCUUGUAUAUAAUGUUUAUAAUAUGCAAUAAUAUAUUUUAACUACUGUAUGUGGGCAUGUUUACUGCCACUAUGUUUUUGUAUGUAUUGGGUUUAGGGUUUAACAGAAUCUUUCCUAGAGGAUUAGAUUGCUGCGAUCUGUUAAGGAGUGUGUACUGAGAAGCUGAUAACUGUACCUGCGCUCAUAUGCUCCACCCUUGCCCACCCAGUUUUAUACCGAAAUAUUGGAGCAAACCACGCUGCAGGGUCUGGAGUGCUCUGGUGCAAUGGGGCCCACCUUAGGUACCCGAGUCCCAGCUGUAGAUACCUGAGUGUCCCAUCCAGCUGUCAGCAAAUCCAAGAGGCACCAUGUGUCUGCUGCCUGGUGUGCCUAGAGGUACAGAAGGGACUUCUGCCUGUUCUGUUAAUGAAGUGGAGGCUCUCAAAGUGGGCUUUUCUCAAGCCCAUGGAGGGAAAGGUGCUUUCCGCAGCAGCCUGCUCAUUAAAACAUUCCUCUAGAUUGUAAGAAACAGGAUUUAAAACUCUUCUUAAGGGUACUUGCUCUUCUAUCUCCAUUGAAUGAUUCUGUUUUGAUUCCUAGGGCAGUUGGGUGCAGUAUAAACCCGGGCUUGAUGGAAAUAUUUUAUCGAAACUGGAACAAUUUUACCAGUGGAGACUGAAUAUCCCACAACUGAGGUGUGGAGACAGGUCUCUCUUAUAAGGGCUGGAUCUGAACCCAAGCUGAACUACGUUUUCCCAUCAAAUUCCACCCCUGUCUCAUGAAUUCUGUGAAGAGAGUCACACAGGAUAAAAUCACCCCAGGAAAGGGUUUCAAGGCCUGAAUGUCCCUGGCGCAUCCAAACCCAGCACCUUUCCUCUCCAGUUCCUCUGGCUAUCGGUGAGAGCUCCUCACUCAGCAUACAACCCUGUGAGUUUAGCUGCAAGCAUUUUAUCUUCUAUGCACUGUACGUGGAUUCCAUGUGACAGACAGAAACAUGGGUCCUUUCCUACCUGCAACCUUUAGAGUUUCUUUUUUUUUUUUCCUUCUGAAAUAGUUUUUUCAUUUAGUCACAGAAUCUUUAUUUGGUUGUUAAUGGUGUAAAGAAAUACUGCCUAGUUUAACAGGCCUCAUUCUGUAGUAGUGUUUUGAGCUGUGUGGAGCUAUUUACAUUCAAGCAAAGUAGCUGGGAUAGCUGACCAGUCUGAUUUGGUCAUAUUUUUGCAUGAAUUGUCCUGCAACUCUUGCACACUUUCUUAACUUCAUUAGCAAUAGCAUCACAUUAAAAUCUGUACUUCAAAUAGAAAUGUUGGGUACCUGUCAAAGUUUCUGUGGGACCAGAACCUAUAAAAGGUUCAGACCAUUAGCGUCAGGGCUAACAUAGCCAGAAUCCUCUUACAUCUGCAAAACAAAGUGUCUGUUUGUUGCGCUCCCUCCCUCUUCCUUUGUCAUGUGCUCUUUCUCCUUCUGAUGCAGAAUUUUGUAGUAAUUCCCUUAUCUUUUUAUAAAUACGUACUCCAGCAAAGAUGCCUUUGCUACCCUGCUCGAGAGCAGACAUCUGGGGAAUACAGGGGAUUUUUUUGCGAUUCAGUUUGUUUCUGCUUGGCUCAGGCCGAGAUAAAAAGUCUGUGCUGACUUAGCCCAGAUACUUUUUCCCUAAAGGAAAAAGGGGACAGUUUUAGCAGGUGGCAUUAGGAACUGUCACACAGGACUGGUGAGCAGUGGUGUUCUUGUAUUUCUCUGUUGUUUGACGGUGUUUGGGAUCCUAAGGAUAUUAGCUGGGGUCUCUCAAUUGGUUGUGUUAUCUGGGCAGAAGCUGCAGGUGAAGCGUAGGAGUAAAUGUACACGGGAGUUGAGCCCUGGUUCUGCCCCCAACAAGCCUGCCAUCCAAGCUCUCUUAUCUGGAGUUCCUGUGGCACCUGGGGCUGGCAUGGAUUGAGGACAGUGAGAAUUUGGGGUUCACAGAGAAUGACAGGUGGUGGGAGGGACAGUCCUGAGCUGCUGGGGUGCAACAUGUGCUGCACCAGCACUCAGGUUAACGGGACAUUCUUGUCUUAUGUAUGAGCUGGGUUCUGUUGGGUGCUGCAGCAUCCUACGCCAAGGAGCAGUGUAGGAUCAGUGAGACGUGCCAGACUCUAGGAAAUACUGGGGCUUAAGGAGCUAUCUUUCCAUUGCCAUUUUAGGAGCUUUCAGUCAGGCACUGUCCAGGGAAGGAAAGUUACUUCCAGGAUUAACUGAAAGCUUUUCUAAAUACAUCUUGAAGUGUGUGAAUUCCUGAUAUAAGAGAGCUGAUACUCCUGCCUUUAGUUCCUUCUUACCAUCUCAAUGAAGCUAGCAGGGUUGAGGAAGAUAAGUAGGAUUUACCCUGAUGGUAAGGUUGUUUUAAAACAUCAGUGAGAUCUAGUUAAUGUUGAUCUCCCUUAACUUCAUCUGCCAGGGUCUGAGGGCUUUGUUUCUCUGCUCCAGAUGCAGGUGCAUCGCAAGCACCUAGGACAUCACAAAGAACACGUCACCACCCUGCACCCCUUUAGUUGUACUUGCAGCACCAGCUGCUGGAGGAGCACUGAACCUUGGAUGCUGGUCGUGGCAAGCUACAAGCUGUCAGGGUUCACCUUGUUGGUCAAAACCAAGCUAUCAAAGUGAUGGGGAAGGGCCAGUACAAGUAAUGCAAACUUCUGAAGCAGUGGCCUGCCUCAUGCCCUGCUUGAUUCAAAGGUCUUGAGGAGUACGAAGUGCUUGCACAUUUAAAAUACACGUUGCUUUUGUUUCGUGAAAAAUACCAAUUCAUGCUGGAUCUUCCAAACGUUAUGAGUUAAAUGGAAGUGAGAUUGGGCUACUGUUCAGCAGGGGACAGGAAUAGCUGCCUUGCCUGCUCUUGUCUCUGUGGCUGUGGUUGUUUAUUUAAAGGAACAAAGCUUUCAUUUCCUUGCCUUCUUCAAGACAGCAGUCUUGAAUCUUAACUAGUGCAGCCUGAAAGGUGGCUUGCUGCUCAGCUGAUUUUCCCUAUGACGAAUUAGAGCAGUGCUGUGUCUGUAGAUGUUGUGUUUCAAAAGACCCUUGACAGAGGUGUGCAAAAGGAGACUAGGCUUCUAAGCUCUAGUUUUGGUUCCCACUACAGAUUUGGCACUACGUCCGUCCAUUUGAUGUUAUAUUAUGAAACCCCCAAAUCUCAAAUUUUAGUUUCUUUCUACACAGUCAGAUGCUGAUAUCCCCAAAAUAAAGUGCAUCCUUGCAGUGAAGCUUUGUUAAUGUACCGUGAUAUUGCCUUCAAGACACUGUGGAGGAUUUUUACCAUUGAAUAUAAACCACAAAGAAAAGAACUUCCCCGCGCCCCCACCCCCCCCACCCCCCCCACGCCGUGUGUCCUCUCUCAUGAAGUUUUUUGUCAGUGAAUUCAGAGAUCAAGUGUCUGUCUUGUAUAUUUUCCUCUUUCAGGCUAUGAAUUGUUUAAAUGUUGUAAAUUAAUUCAAACAGUUAGUAAAAACUAAACUGUCCAGCUGUCAGACAUCCUGUAUAUUGAUUGAUAUGAAACUGGAAAGGAGUAUCUUAGGACUUUUAAAAUGUAAAGCUUAUGAAAUGUUUAUAUGCUCUUCCAUUUCCUAUGAAUUGAGACAAGAUACAAACAAGAAUGUUUGUGCCAAAGUUUGUGACAAGCCCUUUUUCCGGCAAACAAGGAAACUCUAUGUAUAAAUAGUGUGCUUUUAUAUUAAGAAAAUAGCUCAUGUAACUUAAUAGUGUUGCAACUGGGAGAGGGGUUUGAUAAACUGUAAAUACAGCUAUUUUAUUUUUUGUACAUUUUUAA